AUGUUUGUUGCCAUUAAAAAAUUCAAAGAAAAAGAUGAUAUUGAAGAGGUGAGAAAGACUGCUCUUAGAGAGAUAAGGAUACUGAAGCAACUGAAGCACGAUCACAUUGUUCAUUUAAUUGAGGUUUUCAGAGAUAAUGGGAGAAUAUUCCUAGUAUUUGAAUAACUCAAUAGAAAUAUACUUGAGGAGCUUGAAGGAAACGGAGACAAUAUUGGAAUUGAACCUCUUGAAGCCUAGAAAUUGAUAUGGCAAAUACUAAAAGCCACUGCUUUUAUUCACUCCCACAAUAUCAUGCAUAGAGAUUUCAAGCCAGAAAAUAUUCUUCUGUCAAAGAAUGGAGUUGUCAAGAUUUGCGACUUUGGCUGGGCAAGAUCCACUACAAAGCAAGGAGACAAAGAUUUUACUGAGUAUGUGGCCACUAGAUGGUACAGAGCUCCUGAGCUGCUAUUAAGAGAUAAGAAAAAUUAUGGGAAGCCAGUUGACGUUUGGGCAUUAGGGUGCAUUUUUGUGGAGUUAAUUACUGGUGCACCACUGUUUACUGGAGAAACUGACUAUGAUACCCUGAGAUAAAUCCUUUCAACUUUUCAUUAGGAUGAGGAUCUUACUGAAAAAUAGAAAUAAGCUUAUGAGAGGAAUCCAUUACUUGCUAAAUUCCCUAUUCCUUAUUCAUCAGAUUUAAAUUUUGAAACAACUUUAGAAGCCAAACUUGGUUUUAUAAAAAACAGCAAAGCUAUUUAAUUUGCUAGAGAAUGCCUAAGAAUAGACCCUGAUCAAAGACCUACUUGUGAUCAGCUGAUGGAUCAUCCUUAUUUUGAAGAUUUUAGAGAAGAAUUUGAAGAUGAGCUUUAAACUCUAAUUGAGUUCGAUAAUUAAGAAUUGUUUAACUCUAAUGGCAAGCAAACUCUUUAUGCUAAUCUCUAAAAACCCUAGUUACUUCUGCAUUCUAGCUUAAAUCAUAUGAGCAGAUAAAAUCUAAAUGCCUAUCAAAACGAAUAUGAAGAAGCUAAGAUAUCUGCUAGGCUUCACUAAAACCAUUCAAACAGCUUUAUUGCAAACAAAUAAAACCUUCAGAAUUCUUACUUCGGAUAAAGCGAUAUUAUUAAAGAAGAACAGACAAUCACAAAUAACGAAAAAACAUCCUUCAUGAAUAAUCUAAAUGGCUCUCCUAUUUUUGGAAAAAAUUUCAAUAAUCAAAAUAUAAGUAGUAAUUUGAUGAGUUAAUCUCCCUAGCACAAUCACAAUGAAAAUACGAAUACUAUAAACAAGUAUCCUUAAUAACAGCAAACACAGUCGAUUAAUAAGUAACAAACAGUAAGUAAAAUAAAUAUAAGUUUUAUGGGAGAAAAUUCAGUUACUAAUCUAUAAAUGCCGAACACUAACAACAUUAAUAAUCUAAAUAGUGGCUCACCAUCCAGUGAUCUCACACAAGUUCAAAGUUUUAGCAGCAAUCCUGUUCAUAAUUUCAAAAGCAAUUCUAACAACAUAUGCGGUCUUAUCAAAAGGGUCUCGAAUCACAAUCAGCAAUCAAACACUCAAAUGGAUUAUUCAUAUGGAUCAAUCUCUCACAGUGGAAAUUAAAACAAUAACUCAAUAAUUGGGGCAAAGGGUGGUGGAUUCUUCCCAAAUCUUAGAACCAAGCAGAGAGAUAACACCAAUCCUGGAUAAAUUAGCACUCAUAAUACAUUUAAUAUCAAUAUGAACAAGAGUAACAAUAAUGGAUUGACAAGGAUGAUUGCAUUGCCCUAACUAAAUGACUCAAUAAUAAAUGGGAAUAUUAACUAGGAUGAACCGAUAAACUCGUAUUUCCAUACUUCAAGCAAUCAAUAGCUAAUCCCCUCGACAAGUUCAUAUCAAUUCUAGUUGCAUGCUAUAGGUCAAGGAUUUAAUAAUGCGAGCAUGAUUGAUUAACAAUAGCAAAAUAAGAACUAGGCCUAGAGCAAUCUGCUUAAUAAAAAGAAACAACUUGAUAUUUAGAACAAGAUGAUGUUUCCAACAAUUAAUACUAAUAAAGAGAAUGUAAGUGGUCCACUGCCGUAACCAAAUGUAAAGAUUAUUGAUCUCUAGCAUAAUCUGCUGCCUUUCGAGUCAAACUCGAGUGAGAUGAUUGGGGGUGUUCCUGCUGGAAGAAAUAUCAUAGAUAGUUAGUAACUUAGAAAUUAGAUAAAGUAAUAAAGAGUAAACAAUAACAAAGACUUGAUAUAAAUGUCCUAGCAUUAGUAAUAUCUUCUUCAGUAAAUGCAUAGUCAUAAUCCACACAAAAAUGGAAAUAGUGUUAAUAACUAUUAUAAUCAUCAAACAGGAGGCACUGGCUAGACAAUAGGCACUGCUUAAGUAAUGCCAAAAACUCCCAACGACAUAUAUGGAUUUGCACAAAAAGCUAUUUUACAUUCAAUCUUUGACAAAGGAGGGAGUCCUGGUGUGAUAAGUACUGCUGCAGGACUUUAAGGAGUAAAUAGUUCUCAUGGCUUAAGUGGAAUGAAUAAACGUCACACUACUCCUUACCUAGGCUAAGAUCCAAUGAACUAAAACUUGGGUCGAUAGUACAAACUAAUCAGUAAAUAAUGA